GCGCCCACCAAAUCAACAAAACUGAAUCGAAAUUCCAGCUCGGCCCUGAAAUUUUGCAGUCCUGCUCUCCGGCACCGCACCGCACUCUCGAACCCGUCAUUCCGCAGCGCGCAUAACAAGUCGCAAACAUGGAGAACGACCGUGGCGAGAUCGUCGACCUUUACGUCCCCCGCAAGUGCUCUGCGACGGGCCGGAUCAUCAAGGCCAAGGACCACGGCUCCUGCCAGAUCACCAUCGCCAAGGUCGACGAGAACGGCCGGGCCAUCCAGGGCGAGAACAUCAUCUACGCUCUGUCCGGCUUCGUCCGCGCGAUGGGCGAGAGCGACGAUGCGCUGAACAGGCUCGCCCAGCGGGACGGCCUCCUCAAGAACGUCUGGAGCGCCCAGCGGUAGAUUGCGACGGCUAGCAUUUUGCAGCGGAUGACGAUGUGCGUUUCAACGACCGGCGCCUCGACAUGAUUUAGACGAAUGGCAGCGGUGGGAACGACGGCUGGGUACGGGAUCUGGAACCUCUUUUCGGAGAUGCAUCUUUGCCGAUUACUCGAUGGCGUCAACGGACAUUGUCUCUCGGAACGAAAUACACUGGCAUCGUGAUCACGGUUCUCGCUCCCUCGGUUGCCCCGGCUGCCCGCGAUCUUCGCUCCGUGACUUUGUCCGGCUAGCAAUGUCUCCCCCGAUCCAUGCUCAAUAUUUGGGGAGGUUGGGGCUACUCUGAUAGUCCCCGUGCCGUAGAUCAAGUCCAGGCCUCGAAAAAGCCGUGACGAAGAAGUGGCACGUCGUGGUACAGAUACGGGUCUGACACGUUCUCCUCUCAACCAGCAGCCUCUUGAAUCCUUUGUGCGAGUA